UUUACUAAACCAAAAGCUUAUUGCAGUUGUUCAGCCUUUUCCGUAAAUGAAAGUUUGAAACAUUCUGUCACUAGCUCACUCAAAUCAUGACUUGCAGCGAACAAGAGAAACCUCACCAUGUCUUGCUUUUUCUCAUCUAUAUGUGGUUGUGGUGGAGUACUACUUGUAUCCACGUUGAAGCCAAUGAUAGUUUGAAGCCAGGUGAUACUCUGAAUGCCACGGUACCAGGGGCAGAGCUAUGUUCAAAAAAGGGUAAAUAUUGCAUGAGUUUCGACCCAAUAACUCAUGAUAAUCAGGAAGCAGUUUACUUGACUAUAUGUGCCCAAAAGAAAGAUGAUUGGGAAGUGUGGGUUGCAAAUAGAAACCAACCUGUUGACUCAAAUUCUGCUGUUCUAUCAUUGGAUCACAAAGGGGUACUCAAAAUAGAAUCCCAAGAUGGUAAGAAAAAAGUGAAGAAAUCACCAAUAAUCCUUUAUUCACCACCUCAACCUAUCAAUAACACACUGGCCACUUUGUUGGACACAGGCAACUUUGUGCUUCAACAACUUCAUCCCAAUGGGUCCAAAAUAAGAGUCUUGUGGGAAAGCUUUGAUUUUCCCACAGACACAUUGCUCCCUGGGAUGAAGUUAGGUUUGAAUCACAAAACUGGUGGUACUAAUUGGUCACUUGUUUCAUGGCUAAGCGGCCAAGUCCCUACUGCUGGUCCAUUCAAGCUCGAAUGGGAACCGAAAACAAGAGAGUUGUUGAUCAUCAAGCGCGGCGGCAGCAGCAGCAGCGGCGGCAAGCGGGUUUUGUGGGCUAGCGGGAACAAAUUGGAGCACAUUCCGAGCGAGAUUCGGCGCGAGAUUGUGCCAAGCGAAACCGGAGACUACUUCACGUUGAAAAGUUCUGAUUCGGAGGAAGAGCCCACGAAGUGGACACUGUUGUCAACUGGGCAACUGAUAAACCGCAAAGGCGUGGAUGUGGCGAGGGCUGAUAUGUGUCACGGAUACAACACAGAUGGAGGGUGCCAGAAAUGGGAUGCGAUAUUACCCUCUUGCAGGCGUCCUGGUGAUGCAUUUGAACUCAAAUAUGGGUACCCUAAAUGGGACACGGAAGUGAAGAGAGACGAAGAAAAUUCGAGUUAUGGCAUAAGUGAUUGCCAGGAAAUUUGCUGGAGAAACUGCAGCUGCGUUGGAUUUGCUCUUAAUCAUCGUAAUGAAACUGGCUGCGUCUUCUUUCUGUGGGAUUUGGUGAAGGGUACCAAUAUUGCAAACGAGGGUUACAAAUUUUAUGUGCUUGUAAGGAGCAACCAUCAAAACCGUAUAAAACAGUGGAUAUGGGCAAUGGUUGCAACAGUAGCAACCAUACUCAUAAUCUGCCUUUGCAUUCUGCGCAGAGUCUUAAAGAAACGAAAACAUGUGCUUAAAGAAAAUAAAAGAAAUGGAAUGGAGAUUGAGAAUCAGGAUCUUGCAGCUUCCGGUAGAUCCUCUAGUACCGACAAACUAGAAGUUUAUUUAAAGGAGGAACAUGACUUGAAAUUAUUUAGUUAUGCAUCGAUAAUAGAGGCUACAAAUGACUUUUCGUCUGAAAACAAGUUAGGACAGGGAGGCUUUGGAGUAGUUUAUAAGGGAAUUCUAUCUACAAGGCAAGAAGUUGCUGUGAAAAAACUUUCAAGAUCUUCUGGGCAAGGACUUAUUGAGUUUAAAAAUGAAUUAACACUCAUAUCUAAACUCCAACAUACAAAUUUGGUUCAGCUACUCGGUUACUGCAUUCAUGAAGAAGAGCGGAUUUUGAUCUACGAGUAUAUGUCCAACAAAAGCUUGGACUUCAUUUUAUUUGAUUCUACUCAAAGUCACUUGCUGGAUUGGAAUAAGCGUUUUAACAUAAUAGAAGGAAUUGCUCAAGGAUUACUAUACCUUCACAAAUACUCAAGACUUAGAAUCAUUCACAGAGACUUGAAGGCUAGCAACAUACUCCUUGAUGAGAAUAUGAACCCCAAAAUAUCCGAUUUCGGAAUAGCAAAAAUGUUCACACAACAGGAUUCUGAAGCAAAUACCACCAGAAUUUUUGGAACAUAUGGUUACAUGUCUCCAGAGUAUGCUAUGGAAGGAAUUUUCUCUACAAAAUCUGAUGUAUACAGCUUUGGAGUGUUACUCUUUGAAAUUGUUAGUGGUAAAAGAAACAAUAGCUUCUACACUGAAGAACGACAACUCAAUCUAGUAGGACAUGCAUGGGAGCUAUGGAAAAAAGGUGAGGCUCUUAAGUUGGUGGAUCCAGCACUGAAUAAUGAUUCAUUUUCAGAGGAUGAAGUGCUAAGAUGUGUUCAUGCUGGUCUAUUAUGUGUGGAAGAAAAUGCAGAUGAUCGUCCCUCCAUGUCCAACAUUGUAUCUAUGUUAUCAAACAAAAGUAAAGUUACCAAUUUGCCUAAAAAACCAGCAUAUUAUGUUAGAACAAAACUCCUUGGGGAAGAACUAGAAACGUCUACUAAAGAAUAUGGUUUAGAUUUCUUAUUCGAAAAUUCCCUUUAUGUAUGUUCAGUUUGACCGCAAAAAAAUACUACAACAUGUUAGGGUAUGAUCAGUUAGUUGUGAAGUUGUUAUUCUUCCAUUAUGGGUUAUGACGAUUAUGUGGUUGGUUGUAACAGAUUGAAUGCACUUUCCUCUAUCUAUAUAUAUACACCUGUAUCUAUAUCCUGCUGUAUAUAAAACUUUGGGUUAGCUUGA